AUGCAGUAUCCAGACGCAUGGGCGAACCAAACACCAUCCAGCGAUCCCACUAGUGAUCAACCAGGAGGGGUCCCAGAGUCACAAAGCACUUCACAUGUUGCCAACGUCUCUCAAAACCAGAAUACAAACUCCCAGUUUCAAAAUUCGACAAAUACUGUUGUGGCUCCCCCGUUGGACGUGAGUCGACAGCAGCUGUACAAUGGUGCAAAUACGGCUGCAGCUACUGCAGCAUCGCCGGGCAAUAGAAUAACACUUCAAUCAGUGAGUGGUCAGAAACGAGUGAUAGCUCUCAAACCACGUAAAACACAUCGAGCCGUGCAGCCGGGCUUCACAUCAUCUGGCGAGAAGAUUUUGUUCAUUCAAUCACUCGGGCUUAAUGGCAAUGCGCGUUUCGUGGUCACUGAUGCCGAAGGGAAUGUUCGUCUUGUCUCAGCUUCGUCUGCCGGCGGUCAGCCCGCGCUAGACGGUGCAAAGAGAACAGGAGUUCCUUAUACGCUUCAGGAUCCAGCUAAAAUCCUGGAGCUCCGUGAUCUGGUUCGUUGCGGUGGAGUAUACGGGCUGGAAUUCGUAGCCAUUGGGGAAUGGGAUAUGACGAAUACAAGGCUUCCCUUUAUCGUCGUUCUCUUUUACCACGAAAAUGAGAAAGGGAGGCGUGAAGAAGCUAUCUCUCGUUCUUCUCUUACGAAAAUAUUGGCAAAACGCGAAGCCGAGAAGCUGGUAGCUGAGAGCAUUGUCGGUGACCCUGAAAUGUCAUUGAAAGAAGCUCUCAUGUCUCAGGUGGCUCCAAAGAAGCAGGAAGACCUUUCUAACAAUGUGCCCCCACUUCUUCCUUACGGUCAGCAGAGCCAGCCGUGGUGGUUCCAAACUACUCCGCAACACCACGGAUCGCAUGCUGUUUUCAAUGCCGGUCCUCUCCAGCAGCCGUACUCAAACCAGUUCCAACAAUUCGUUCCUCAGCAGUUUCAGCAGCCAUCUAUUCAUCAGUUCCAACCUGGGCCCUUUGCUAUGCCACCUCAGCCGGUUCUCGACUCUUCGAUGAUGAAACACGGCGCCAACUCUCCGGCAGCAAGCAUGAUGGAGGAGGAACUUUGA